AUGGUCGAUGUGAUCUAUGAUACAUUGGAAAUAGUAGAUGAAAUAUUGCAUAGUGCAAAAAUCGAAUAUACACUUUUCGGUGGUACAAUGCUUGGUUCUCAAAGACACGGUGGUCUGAUUCCUUGGGAUGAUGAUGGAGAUAUUGCCAUUCAACGCAAUGAUGAACAGAAACUCUUGACAUUGAUAGAGACAUUUGCGGAUCGAGGAUUAAUUCUUGGUGUUGAACCACUGUUUGGUUAUCGUGUUUGGGAUCCUCGUCGAACUGUUUUUCAAGUUCGUCAUCAAUUGUAUGUUCCAUUCGUAGAUAUAUUUUUGAUCGAUACUGACGUUAAUCAAUAUGUUUAUAUAACCGAAGAAGCAAAAAAAAUGUUUCCAUAUGAACCAUUACCUUUUGGAUGUUUUCAACGUCUUGUUGAUGUUUCAUUUGGUCAUUUGACAUUACGUGGUUUGAAUUCUGAUGAUACUCAACGACAUCUGAAUGAAAACUAUGGUUCCGAUUGGAACCACGUGGCUUGGCGUGACUAUGAUCAUCUUACCGGAGAGAUUUUAUCCAAGAUAUGUGUUGCUCUCGAUGAUCCCAAUCUUUUGCGACCUGCUCUUCAUUCUCAACACAAUGAUAUCAAACCAUCACCAUCUGUAUUGACCAUGAAGUCGACCGACGUUCAUAAUGAUCGCUCUGAUUCAUAA